CUGCAGGGGAAAAAAACCACACACACCUCUGCAUCCUGCUUCUCUUUUUACCCCUUAGGUACAGCUUGUACAAUCUGAAUGGAAUGGCCUGGCCCAAUUAUCCUCCUUGCAGAGCUGAAAAUUCCAGAGGUUCAGCAGCCUCGGAACACCCAUUUCCUACAACAGGGUGUCCUGGGUCACUCAAGCCUAUGCAUCUCUGUGGGGGGGAGGUGCUUAGGACCCAGUAGAAUUCUCUCUGAAUGACAGACAGUGCUUUAAAAGGCCAGGCAAAGCCCAGAUGUGACAGCCUGUGCCAUCCACAGCGAAACAGCAGUCACUACUGCAGCAGCAGCAGCAGCAGCAGCAGCAGCCUCCCAGCCCCAUUCCAGGUGCGGAGAAUUCAACAGCAGCACCCCCUUCCUAGGGAUUUUGUGCAUCUCCUCUUCCUAGUCUUGGGCUACCUCCAGGGUGCAAUAAUUGCCUUGCUUAAGCUGUCUUUUCCCUGCAGCAGGAAAGGACUUUGAUUCCACAAACAAAGCAGAUCAUUGUAAACAGGACAAUAGUCCUUGUUCCCCCGUUCAUGGAGCUGGUACGAAAGCCAGCGGAGCAUCACCGGUUUGCUGUCUAGGAAAAUGGACAUCACAGCAGAGCAUGGAAAACUGAUAAGCCUGUCAGCUCCUGAGAAGGAGGGGUGAGAUCUGAAGCACUACUCCUGCCCUUGCUGGGAAGUUAUGAAUAACUCACUGCUCUGGAGGAGACAGAAGUCAGAGAUGCUGCUGGCCACUGAAGGACCAUCAGCCUCACUCGACUUAGAUGAUUCGAGAGUGGCAUGGAAUUCAACAUGCAGAAGCAGGGCUGGCCUGACACAUUUUGCCGCCUGAAAAACGUCAAGAUGGCGCCCCCUCACAUUCCAUAUACAAAAGCAAACCAGGCUGGUGAUUGAAUCUGACUUUAGCACUGGUGAUGGGACAGUGUCUUCCACUGCACCUGAGGGCAGCAGAAUAGCUUAGGGGUGCAGGGGAUCAAGAACUACCAGGAAGGAAGAUGGUGGCAGUGACAUAUACUCUGAACAUCCACUGGUACUUCUUGCUGCUAAAACACAGGUCACUUUGAACUAGACCAUGGGGACAUUGGUAAACAAAACUAGGAUCAACUCUACCCAGGGUUUCGAUGCCUUCUCUUCACUUGGAGUGUCCCAGUUUCAGGAGGCCAUUGGCAUUUUCUUCAUGGUCAUGCUGAGUGUCAUUGCUUUGGUUGCCAACACAGCAGUCAUGGUAGUCAUCCUCAAGACGCCUUUGCUGAGGAAGUUCAUCUUUGUCUGCCACCUCUGCCUAGUAGAUCUGCUGUCUGCCAUUUUUGUCAUGCCACUGGGGAUCAUAUCCAGCUCCACCUGCUUCAACAGGGUAUUGUACAGCAUCGCCGAAUGCCAGACUCUGAUCUUCCUGAAUGUUUGUUUCAUCAGUGCCUCCAUCUUCACCAUCUCAGUCAUCAGCAUCGAGCGCUACUACUACAUUGUCCACCCCAUGAGGUAUGAAGUCAAGAUGACUACCGGGCUCGCAGUUACCGUUGUGGCUUUCAUCUGGGUUAAGUCCAUCCUUGUAGCUGCUUUGGCACUCGUGGGUUGGCCCCAAGUCGACGGGGCCAGCAGUGCCAGCAAGUGUACUGUGUACUGGAGCCCAGGUGCCCACAAGAAGAUCUUUGUGAUCAUCUUCAGCACUCUGUGCUUCAUAUUGCCCACCUUAAUCAUCUUUGCGGUCUAUGGCAGCAUCUACAAAGUGGCCCGGAUCGCAUCCUUGCAGCAUGCUCCUGUCCCAUCCUGGACUGCCACACCCAGACCAAGAUCAGACUCCAUUCACAGCCAAGUCACUAUAAUCACAACCAGAAAUGCACCUCCCAGGCUGUCACCAGAACGCUUGUUUGGCGGGAACAAAGCUGCCCUCACCUUGGUCCUGAUUGUAGGUCAGUUCCUCUGCUGCUGGCUUCCAUUCUUCUCCUUCCACCUCCACUGCUCCAUCAACUCUGCCUUGACCAUCCCCAGUUAUGGUGAAAUUAUUGUGACCUGGCUUGCCUAUUCCUCCUUUGCUAUCAACCCUUUUUUCUAUGGGCUGCUGAACCGUCAAAUCAGGGAAGAGCUGUCCAAGCUGGGGCGACACUGCCUCAGCAAGCCCCUGAGCCAAGAGCUGUGCAUCUCCAGUCCAGAAGGGUCCAUCCAUGAGAAUUUCCUCCAGUUCCUGCAGAGGACCAGUUGCACAACAGAGACCCGUUCUACGUAUGUGAAUUCCAGCCCUAGGAACACUUUGGACCAGACUACAAUGGGGUUCCGGAUCCCAGGACAGAUCCCAGAAGAAACCAACUGACGAAAGACCAGUGCUUUCAAGUCACUUCAGCCAUCUCUUUCCACCUGCCUUUUAAGUUAAGAGGGGAAGAACAGAAGGUUCAGUGCGCUGAAAGACCUGACCAAGCCUCCUUUAGGGAGGAAUCUGAAAUUGAACAAUUGAUUUUCUCUCUGAGAAUAAAUGUGAUUAAACGGA